GCACGAGACUGAAAAGAAACCGAGACUGAAAAGAAACCGAAACUGGGUCAGGGGGAUACGGCUGUGGAGCACUUUAAAUUCUAACAAACAUUCGACUGUACGUUUUGACAAAUACGUUAUUAGAUUUUUAAUAUGCUAUACCGAUGUAUUACAAUGUCUAGGAACUAUAUUUGAAGUGUGAAAAUCAAUUUAAGGAAAAGGAGCAAUGAAGUUAUUACCUUAAAGAUGACGUCAGCUGUUAUGCUUUAGGCUAUCAUUAUUCAGGAAGACACAACAGCAUUAUCUAACAACAUGGCUACAGGUAACCACUUUGAGUGGCAGCUGUUUAAUGGACAGCAGUGGGUUUCUAUCGAUAAUGAUUUUGUCAUUGAGGCCCAUUACUGUCAGCCAGGGGCUAAUGGGAUCAGCAUCUGCCUCAACAUCGGGGCCGCCCAUAUUGACUUUGAUGAAAUGACAGUUGAUGGACCUCUUCAUAACCUUAGUAUACGACGCAUUACACUGCUCUCCACUAACCAGAAACAGGAAGUAGGCUGGUACUACAAAGAUAACCAUCGCUGGUGUGAAUAUGGAUCUCAGGGAUUCGGUGGGAGAGCAUCCUCAAUUGGAAGUGAUUUUAUAGAGCAGCAGUACAACAGCAACCCAAGUGGCUCAGUCCAGUUUACUGCAGGAAGCAUGACUUACAAAGUGGACUUCAAUGCCAUGACUCAAAUGAAUCUAUCCACAUACAUGUCGAGGAAAGUAAGACGGCGACCAAAAUUCAAUGGAAUAGUAACGCACAACAACAGUUAUCAAAAUAGUUCGCCAAUUUUGGCAUCUCCCUCUGCAAUUCCAACAAAUUCUUCUUCUCAGUACAUCUGGGAGUUUAUGGGUGAUGAGGGCAUUUGGACAGAGUACCAGAAACCAGGAUGUUCAUUGGAUAGUGCAGAAAUCGAGAGGUUGUAUCAGCUCAACCCUCAGUGCCAAGUUUCAUUCACAGUCAGACGAUUCUCUUACACUCUUUACUUUGGUGGAAUGCAUCAAGUGAACAAUAAAUAUGGUACAAAAAGAGCUGUCCGGAGAGUCGCGAAUGCAAUCCAGCAAACAAACAGUGAAUUGUCACAAGCUCGCUGGCAGUUCAAAGACAUGGAUGGCAAAUGGAAGGAUUAUAGUAAAGGCGGUUCUCGGGGACAUUGCAGCGUGUCAAGUGAAGAUAUUGAAGCCGAGUACCAGCAGGACUCCACUGGGACAAUGAGUUUCAGGGCGGGCAGGUUCAGCUAUGAGCUGGACUUCUCAGACAUGACCCAGACCAACCAGUCCACUAACACCAGGAGACCUGUACGCCGCCUUCAACAAUAAGACCUCACUUGCCUAUUCUUACGUUUACUUUAUUUACUUGUAGCUAUAUGUGAACUCAGGAUGCUGGUUUAUGCAAUGUCUGCUAGCCAUUCCAGGAAUAUGUGAUAUGAAAUAUCGAAAUUAUGUUCAGUUUGUCCAUGCUAACCCAUGUGCCUAUAUUGUUUUAUUAACUGCCAUAAAAAAAAAAACUGUUCUCAUAGUGAUUAUGUUCUUGAACUAAUUUCUGUUUUUAUUCUUUAUAGUUUUUUUAUCUUUUCAAUGCCUUUGCUGUGAUAAGAAGAUUGCAUGUGCGAUAUCUUACGACUGCUUUCAACAUUCAUGUUGACCCCUUUUUUUUUUUUUUUUUAAAUGCUACUUAAUUUUAUGGGAGUCCUAAUAACAGGGUUCCGACACCUACUAGCCAAUUAAUUUCCAUUGACUUUUCCAUUACUUAAAUGUUGAUUAUGAUUACUAAAUAUUUUGGAAACUAUCAUUGACUAUACAAAUUUACAUUCACUAUUAUCUUUACAAAAUGUUACUUUUUCAUGAAAAGAAAGUUUAAUACUUAUAUUUCUGUUUAUUCAACAACAAUUUAACAAAAUUUGUUAAUUCUCUUCAUAAACAAAGAAAUGUCAUGACAAAGCACUCCCUUACAGAUUUUUUAAAAAUAAAACAUAAUAAUAAAAAAAUAA